GGGAGGCGCGUUCCGCCCGGCCGCCUUUCUCGCGCGCACCGAGGGCGGCCCUCCCUUCACCGUCGCCGUGACGUCACCGGCCGAGGCGGCGAGGAGUCGCCCUGAGCGGAGGGCCGCCGGAAGGCCGGGGAGGAGGAGGAGGCGGCGGCGGCGGCGUCCCGGGGGCCCUUGGGCGGAGGCUCCUCGGGGCUCCCUCAGCCGGCGGGCAUGGAGGUGGUGGCGGCGAAGGUGCUGUGCCUGGUGGGCACGCUGGCGCUGAUGCUGGCGGGCGCCCUGCUGCCGGUGAAGGUGCUGGAGGCGGACCCCGAGCGGGCGCAGCGAUCCCGGCGGGCCCUCGGCCUCUGCAACGCGCUCGGCGGCGGCGUCUUCUUGGCCACCUGCUUCAACGCGCUGCUCCCCGCCGUGCGCGAGAAGCUCCAGGAGGUUUUGAAACUGGGGAACGUGACCACCGAUUAUCCUCUGGCAGAGACCAUCAUGAUGCUGGGAUUCUUCACGACCGUCUUUGUGGAGCAGCUGGUCUUGACCUUCCGGAAGGAGAAGCCGUCCUUCAUUGACCUGGAGACCUUCAAUGCUGGCUCAGACGUGGGCAGCGACUCCGAGUACGAGAGCCCCUUCAUCGAGCCUUCCUGGGGUCACAGCCACCGGGCCGACCGUGGCCGCCACAGCCACGGGCUGGCCAUCUGCGAGCUCUCCCGUUCCAGCCCGCUGCGGCUCUUCAGCCUGGUCUUUGCCUUGUCCGCCCACUCCAUUUUUGAAGGCCUGGCCCUGGGCCUGCAGGAGGAGGGCGACAGAGUCAUGAGCCUCUUCCUGGGGGUGGCCAUCCACGAGACUCUGGUGGCCGUGGCCCUGGGGAUCAACAUGGCCAAAACCGGGCUGAAGAUCAAGGAGGCGUCCAAGCUGGCCGCUGCCGUCAGCCUGAUGAUCCCGCUGGGUAUUGGCAUUGGCAUGGGCAUUGAGAGCGCCCAGAACGUGGCCAGCAGCGUGGCCUCGGUCGUCCUGCAAGGAGUCGCCGGGGGCACCUUCCUCUUCGUCACCUUCUUUGAGAUCCUGGCCAAGGAGCUGGAGGACCAGAGCGACCGUCUGCUCAAAGUCCUCUUCCUGGUUCUGGGCUACGCAGCCCUGGCAGGCCUCGUUUUCUUUAAGUGGUGACAGGCCUUGUCCCGGGAAUGGGCCAGGGCUCUCCUUCGCCUGGCCGGAGGAGAGCCGGGGGGGGGGGGGCACCAAGAGGUGCACCGUUCUGAGCGCUGGCCUCUUCCCCGGCCAUUUCCUCCCUUCCGGGGGAGGGGGGGUAGCUGGGAAGACGGUGUCCUUUUCAGACAUAGAAGGCAACCUGGCACUGCGCUUGGUGGACCCACCGUGGCCUCGGACUGGCACAAGCGGUGAAUUGGGGGCGGGCUCUGACCUUUAACUGAAGGGUAAAGGCAAGUUUCCUGACCCCCCCCCCCCCCUCCCACCCCCUCUUCUCUUGGUGAAAUAUUUGCCUUGGCCAGGCACUGCCGGUUCAUUUCCUCCUCCCGCCAGGAGCUUAUUUGGCCCCUGGUGUGGCCAAGACUUCCGCUCCCUGGUGGGGAUUUUCCUGUGUUCUUGGUUUGGACCAACCCUUGGAAUUCAGGAAGGGGCUGAGCGCGCGGCUUGCUCGGUUCCUCCAGGCAGAGUUCCGCCUCUCGACUGAACCGCAAGGGGGCCGGUUGUCUGCUCACGUACUUCAGGGCACUUUUGUUUUAUGCCGCUUGAAGCUCCUUGCUUGAUCCUGGGCGCGAGUGUGAGAACGAGAGAGGCUCCUUCGCUGGGCCAGAUUUGAGCAACGUGGUUGAGGAACAAAGAUUUCCGGGUGCAUCUCGGCACCUUUGGGGUCUUUGGAAUGUGGCAGGGCUGAAAUCCUGGCUGGCUCCGCUCCCUGUGCCCGUCCGCAGCAGAGCCCACAAGAACUGCCAGCCGAGACCAGGCGGGCCCCCUCUGGCGACCUCGGGGGUGCAGCUUCUGCCGGCAGAAAGUUGGCCCGGUUGUAGGUCUGCCUUCCCGGCUUUUUGGCCAAGCUGUGAGUCCAGCCCCUCGAUCAAGGCCAGGCAAAGCAGCGAAGAGGCUGCUGAUCAGGCUGCUGGGGCUGUAGCUCAGGGACCUCUCCUCCUGCCCCACCCCAAGAACAGGCUUCCCUCCCCUUGGGCUCGGGAGAAGGGGUCCCCCCCCCUCCCCGUCUACGCCUGUACCUCCUUCCCCCCCAGACAGAGGUUAAUAGACCCAGGAAGCUGUGGGGGGAGAGGCAAUGGAGGACCACCGGCCCCCCUCCUGCUGGUCAUUUGGCUGAGGGGAUGCAGUGAAGGGAGGGGCGCCUCUUCUCUCCCCCCCCUCUGCUGCAGCUGGGACCCAAAAUGGCCGCUCCUGGCUGGCUGGGUGCAAGCGGGCAACUUCCUCCCCAAUUGUGGCAUCAGCCUGGCUGCUGGCAUCCUAAAGCCCUCAAGGCUGGCGGGGAGGAGGCCGCCUCGUGUGUGUGUGUGUGUGUGUGUGUGUGUGUGCGCGCGUGCUUGUUAUUUAUUGCAUUCCUGCUCUGGGAUAGGAUCGUUGGGUUGUUUUGUUACACUUACUACGUUAAUCUCCACUGUGCCGAACUAGCCGGCCUUUGUGGGCUGAAAUAAACCCCCUUUGUUGC